GUGGGCUGACGCACGGGCUCUCCUCCCCCCGCGCAGCGCCCCCGAGCUCCAGAUCGGGAGGGGAGUUCCCGAUCCAGAGCCCCUCGCCGCGCCGCUGCCUUCGCGCUCGGCCUCGCCACCGGCCGCCGCGCCGCCGUCGACCAUAGCCGGACCUCCGCGUCUCGCGCCCCCUCUUAUGGAUCAGCCAUGGCCACCGGCCGCCGCGCCGCCCACCACGCCGAGCUGCUCAGCACUCUCCUCGCCGCCGCGGGCAACGGCCGGGAGGAGGAGGAGGACGCGCGGGAGGCGCGGCAGCAUCAGAAUCAACGCGUCGAAUCCGGCCUCGGCUUACGGCGACACGGACGUGGAUGCUCUGGCUGCGACCGCCGUGCUCUAUGCCCCGACCCUGCUCGCCGAGUCCGUCCGACCUGCUGAUCUCGCCGGCCAGCGACGGGAGGAGGGUGGCAAGCUGAGCCGGAGGAGAGCGAGGCGUCCACGUUACUUUAAGUGCAAAGCAGAGAAACACACACACACUCAGGCACGAGCACAAGCUCUCCUCGCCUAUGGGUACGGCGCCGCCGCCGCCAUGCGCGGCCGCGCGGAGCGGAGGCCGUGAUGGCAAGGCAGCCCUUUGGAGUCGCUCCUCCCUGACCAGGCCCAACCCCGCUCCACCAGCUCGACCUCCUAUUUCCUUCCCAAUGCCGGGCACUGCCCGCUCUCCUCUCUGAUUUCCGGCAUGGAAAACCCUCUUCUCCGACUUUCGGCCUCUCCCCAACCUCUGGCCGGUGCUGCGGGACAUAUACAACAUCUGCCCUCCAUGCCAUUGCAACUUCCAGCCUCGACGUCCAUCGCCUUCUCUAGAUCCAGCGGCCAUCUGCACGGCUGCACGCCAACUGUUCGGUCAAUUGACCCAACAGACACGAGGUAUUUUUCUUUUUUUUGUUCCUUUGGUGUUCCAUCCAGCACUAAUGUGAAGGUCUUGGUUCAGAUGCUACUCAUGUUCUGUACAUUCUAAUUGAUUAUAUUAGCCUAGAGAAUGGAGAGAAAGAGGAGAAGUUGUCUUCAGCACCAUACUGAACUAUUGAAGCAACAGGAAGAUGAGUGUAUCAUGCAAGAGGAGAUCCUGGCCGCCGUCCUGUGCCUCGGCGACCAGUAUGACCAUGUCCUCGCGUGCCUCCUGCUGGUUGAUCCGGUGCCAGCAACUGUCAUCUUCCCAAAAUUUAACUGGACAUUUGAAUGUUCUUAAUUUUUUUUCUUCUGAAAUGAACAUAGCUGUGAGUUUUUUUAUGGUGAAAUCAAGUUCUGACGGAAUUUACAAUAUACUUUGUAUUGUUGUUUUUUAGGUCUUACACACCUCAUGUACCCAGGGCCAUCCACACCCAUUUUGACCGUUCAUUAGAUGUUUAUCGGCUAGCAGGGGAGGCCAUGAACAAUCUUUAAAAAAACCCAGGUGCAAGUGCUGAGUUACAACGCGACAUCGACGACACAAAAGCCAGUAUGUUUGAGCUAAGGGAACGAGCUAGGGACAGUACCACCCGGCUGCCCCAGCACUUAAGCUGACUGUCCAAUUCCACUUUCAUCCAUGGAGGCUGCGGUUUAAUUCUCAGGUUUGGCAACCUUUUCUCUCUACGGCUGAGUGUUGUAGUCCUGUCAAAUGAAGCAGUGUUGUUUUUGCAAUAUAGAACAGAUAUAUAAGGUGCUUCCAAUUUCUUAAUCCCAGAAUUGACGAGACCUUAUUUAGUUUGAACUCAUAAUAAUGUGUCAAUUAGAAAUAGAGCAUUGUCAUUAUCCUGACGGAUGGAUGUAUAUCAUAUGUUCUCUUGCGUUGUA